AUGACAAUCACCGAUCUACGCGAAGGGUUUAAAAAUAUUGCUAUUAAUUAUCAGAAAGAUACUAAAAAGGAUAUUGAAAUUUUUGAAAAAAAGAUAGAAGAUGUCCGGAAUGAGUUGGUGAAAAUGGAUGAAGCUGAUAUUGAGAAGCUUGUACGAGAAAAAUUCUCUUUUUUGAAAAAAUCACUCAUUGAAAAAUCCGAUAAAAUGGAGGAAUAUGUCAUCAGCAACUUGCCCAAAAAACCAGAGAAAGUCCCUAACGAAUCGUUUAAGGAAUCUGUAAAAAAAAAUGAAGCUUAUACGGAGAAAUUCAAUGCGUACAAAGAAUUUGUUUCCUGGAGCAUGAACAUAAUCGAUAAACUCAAUAAAUGGUUUGAAGAACUAUUUAAUGAAAUUAUCGCAUUUUUCAAGAGCUUGUGGAACUGGAUUAAGGCUAAAGUUCAAGAUAUCACUACAAAUGUUCGAAAAUUCGUUGUAACGAUCGCCAACAAGCUUGGUCAAUUAUGCGACUAUCUUUUUGGAAAAAAUAAAUAG